UGUACAACCAAUGGCAAUUAUUAUUGUAUGAAUAAAUUGACUACAAACAACAGUCAAAAUAGUGAUUCAAAUAGUCGAAUGAAUAAUAUUCAUUCGACGAAUAAUUUCACAACUUGUAACGAUAAUACUACUAUGAUGGUAGCUAAUGAUCAUAAUGAAAAACCAAAUGUACAAAUGGAAACAACGAUGAUGUCGAAAAUUACGAAUAAAGAAAUCGAUUCAAAUACUUUAUUACGAUUUCCAAGUCAUGAUUCAAUGAAGGAACAAGAAUCAAUAAUCGACCAUCCGUAUCAUCGAAUUAAUUUUGUUCCCAGAAUUGUUACUGAAUAUACUGAAAAUAGAAAAACGUCACAAACAACAACAACGGCCACAACGACGACGACAAAUUCGAAUGCAAUGGACAAUUAUGAUAUACCGAAAAAUUUGUGCAAAAUGAUGAUUAUGAAAAUUGCCAAAAGCGAAAAUGAUGAUGAUGAUGAUGGAGAAAAACAAAAGCAUCCACAGAAUGUUUGUGUUUGUAAUAAUUUCAUUAUUAAUGGCAAAAUUGAUGAUAAACAUCUGAGUCUAUUGCAAACGACUGAAACAGAAGCAGCAGCAGCAGUAACGGAUAACUCUAUUCAAUUUGUUUCACAUCAUGAUGAUAAUGAUGAUUUAAAUGGAACAAAAAAGAAAAUCUGUUCAUCAUUAUCAUCAACAUCGUUUAAUAAUUCUUGCCGUCAAAAUUUUCAUUGUUGUUGUUGUUAUUAUUGUUGUGGUGAUGGUGGUUCUGACAAAUGUUCAUCAUCAUCAACAACAACAAUAAAAGCUAAAAAUUCAGUUCAACAACAAUCUGAUUCUGUUUAUGAUGGAUGUUUACAAAAAGAUCAAUCAAAUACACAUAAACAAUCACAAGCUAAUUGUUGUUUUCAUAAUAAUGAAACCAAAUCUUUUUUAUCAUCAGUUUCAACAAAUAAUAAUGAUGGUGAUGGUGGUUAUGCAACCAUUGUUAAAUCAUCAUCAUCAUCAUCUGGUUGUAAUCAAUCAAAUCAUCAUCAACACCAGCAACAACAUAAUGAAAAUAUAAAUACAAGACAAAUAACGAAAAAAUCUCAAGAGAUGAAUUAUGUGAAUAUAAAUUUCAUAAAUUCAAUAAAAUAUUAUGAAAACAUGUGUUUUGAUAAUGCUGCUGAUGAUGAAAAAAUGAUCAUCACUACAACUACUGCCACACAAACAUCAAUGAUAAACCAAAUAACAAGUGAUAAUGAUCAUCGUUCAAGUGUUAAUGAUAAACAGAAUGAAAAAUAUUCCGAUGAAGAUGAUGGGAAAAAUUUUGAUAAAAAUGAUGAUACAAGUGAAGAAGAAAAAGAAAAAGAUUGCCUAUUAUUAUUAUCAUCAUCCAAGAUAAUAAAUGAUUCUAUUGUGGACAAUAAUUUUUUAGAAAACCUUAUGGUACCUAUCAACAACGAUACGAUAAUCAAUAAUAAAAUAAUGGUAGAAAAAAAUCCAGAAAAUAUAGCUGCCGUUAAAAAUGAAUCAAUGAUGAUGAUAGUUUUGAAAAAUAAUAAUAAUAACGAUGAUGAUGGCCAACAUACAACGACGACGAUCAACAUGGGAAAUAAAAUAGAUAGUGAAACUAAUUCGAAUCGACUCUUGAACAACAACGACCAAGACGAGUCUAAAAAACAAAUGCAAAAAGAGGAUGAUGAUGAUGAUGCAAAAAGAAAGAAUAAAAAAAAGGACAACAACCAGAAUGAUGAUGAUGAUGAAGAUAAAAAUGUGCGUAUCAUUAAAUAUGAAUAG